AUGGCCUUCAGACUUUUUGGUGGAAAUCCUUUCGAAGAACAAGUUGAAAAAGCGACUUCUGAGUUGCUUCCAAGGGGCCAAGAAGAUUUGGUCCUGUUUCAUGAAAUUAGUGAUAUGAUUCGUAGCAAAUCGGUUGCUCCAAAAGAUGCAAUACGGGUUCUCAAAAAGAGAAUUACAAAUAGCAAUCCUAACGUUCAACUAUUGGCCCUAAGUCUAACAGACACGUGUGUUAAGAAUGGAGGAAAUCACUUUUUAAUUGAGAUAGCAUCUCGGGAUUUUGUGGACACUUUGGUUGCAAUCGUUAGAUCACCACAGUCCUUUUCAAGUUCCGCGCCAUCAACUCUAUACUCAAGUUUUCCACCCCUGAAUAGCGGAAGUGAUAAUAAAUCCAAUACCCAAGAGAUAAAUAAGGAGUCUGAUGAUGAUUUAAAAAAAGCUAUUGAACUCUCUUUAAAGGAAGCCGAGUAUAAUAAAAAUUAUGUACAACCUGCACUUCAAAAGGUUGCGGCAAAGAACUCGGAAGUUACAAAAGAACUUGAAGAAGACACUGCUGCCGCUAUUGAGGCAUCUCUUCGUGAGAUGAAAAUCAAUCCAAAUCGUUAUAAAUCUUCGACAUAUAAUUCCACCUCUGAUUAUUCGUCAUCUUAUCAGACCUACAAUCAGCCCAAUGAAUUAUCUACGAUCGAGUCGGAAAAUAUUCACCUAUUUUCAGAAAUGAUUGAACGAAUUCAGCAAGGCGGAGGUGAUUUAUUUAGAGAUCGGCAAAUACAGGAGUUGCACGGAAAAAUUGGCGAAUUAAAACCGAAAUUGACCAAAAGUUUGACGGAGACUAUACAAAAACACCAGGAUCUGGUUGAUAUGCACGAUAAAUUAACACAAGCAGUAAAAUUAUAUGACAAACUUUUGGAAGAGAGAAUGUACAAUCGCAGAGCAUCGAUAGCUUCAUAUCCUAUACCGCAACAUGUCAGCUCACCCGUUGUUUCCGGAAUCGGAAACAUGUACCCCUCCGUUGCACCUAUUAUGCAAUCGUCCAGCAUUUAUCCUUAUCCUAUUGCAUCUGCACCUGCACCUUCCCCAACCUACUAUCCUGCACAAACCGCGCCUCCGGUACAAUAUGUUCAGUCUAAGUCAAUAGAUACUGCUACAGCUGGAAUUCAACAAAACCUUCAACCUGGCCAACAGCAAUUAGCUCAGCAAACACACACUCCCUAUACAUAUGCUUCAGCUCAGGUUCCUUAUGCUCCUACUCAAAUUUCCUCUGAAGCUAUAAAUAGCAAUAAUAUUCCUGUCGAGUAUAAUGCGGCUCAACCACAACAUGGAUAUUCGCUGCAAACUAAUGGCACUUCCGCCUAUGCGCCUCAACCGACCUAUAAUGCUGAGACUGGGUGA